AUGGCUGCCAUGAUGGCGGCCCUUUGCGUUCGAAAAUUGGGAGUUUUCCAACCUUUUAAAUGUGAGUAGAUCUCGAAGUUUGUUUCAAAUUCAACAUUAAUUGUAGUGAGUUAUAUCAACUAGUUCUAAAAGCGAAACAUAAGUCUUUUGAUUGGUUGUUUAUCAUGCUAAAAUGUUUCAUCAUGUUUACCAUGCUAGUCUGCAAUUUUGUGAACAAAUGUUUCAUCAUGUUUAUUGUACCUCAAAAUCGGAUCUGGUUGGGUUACGAAUUCUCUCGGGAUCUGCGACUCGAUCGAGUUGAGAUACCGUAUUUAAUCGAUUAACCGCGCACCGCGGCGUUGAUUCAAUUUUUCUUGAUUCGAGUGCGGCGUUUAUUCGAGGGCAGCGUUUAUUUAAAAUCAAAUUUAUUCAUUCUAAACAAUAGUAUGGUAACUGACCAUUUUAAUUUAGGCGUUUAUUAAAAUUUCUGCUCUAAAAUGUGGCGUUUAUUCGAGAACGGCGUUUAAUCGAUUAAAUACGGUAAUUUAGUUUCUAGUGUGGGUCAGGGGUUGAUAGAUACAUCAGUCAUUAGACCUAGGAAAAAGAAAAAGAUUAUGUUUUAAAGUGCUAGUUUUGUGCAACAGGUCUGCCAGUGCUUGUUAUACAGAGCCGAACAGCAGCCAAGAAGUCUGCAGGUCAUACAAAGAAUCGUCAGCAUCACAAUAGAAGAAGAAAAGGCAAAGGAUAUGGACCAAGGAGGACCGAAGGUAAGCUCGAUAUUUUAACUCAUAAGGAUUCGAUUACCAUGCAUUUGCUCGUGUAUUUAUUGUGAAACACUGCCACUACUACUACUCUAUCUUGGGUAAAAGUUUAGUCUUUUUCAACAAUUCUACUCUCAGCAUUAAAGCUUUGGUCAUAUUUAGUUUGGGGGCAGCUUGUUGGAAUAAUUGAAAGUUGAAGUCAAACACUUGCACGGCAGAGAGCUUCACUGACAAUAGCUACCUGACUUAAAAUUAUUUUGUAAAAUCUCUCUUCUGCCUAUGUUGGGCUUUGUUCCUAUUCUCUUUUGUGGGUGGGUUGGGGAGCUAACAAGAAAACCUCUGUUUUAUUUAGCUCCCUAAUUUACAAAGUAAUCUUACCAUCUUGAUACUAGUUAAAAACAUUUUUAAUCAAUCAACAAUACUGUAAAAUGAAAAUAUCAUUAUAAUUUAAUGUAAUAAUUGAUUUAUGUGAAUAAAGCAUUGUCCUGUCUUGUCUUGUCUUGUCCUGUCUUACAGCAGAGUUGUUUGGUGCAUUAAUCAUUUAAAUCUGAUUUUUUGUUCUACCCUAAGUUCAUUGACAGGAUUUGCUCUGUUUCUGUUUGCACAUAAAUCAAUAAAACUGAUGGUGCAUCUUAUAACCAAGUAUUUUCAUGAAACUUUCCAGUUGGGAACUUAACAUUGUCACUUUCUCAAGUUGGGGAUGUGUUUUAAAACCAAAGAACCAUGUUACUAUACAAGGACUCUGACAGGAUGUUGAGGGUUAAGUACUAAUCAAAAUUUAUGUAGCAAAAGGGUUGACUUUGUAUUAAGGAGCCAAUUUAGAUAACUGAACAGUGGAAUUUGAUUGUUGACAGAUGUAACCAUUUCUCUCUGAAUUUAACAGGAGAACGUGUCACACCAGGGACAAUGCUUUUGAAGCAGAAAAAGACAGAGGUCAAAUAUCACCCAGGAUUAAAUGUAAGUUUAUGUGGUUUACAGCAACAGCAGUGAUUUUCAAGGGGCUAAGAGGAACGCUUCAAGUUCAGCAAAAUACAGAGCAAGAAGUCAUUAUAUAGCAAUAGCAAGUGAAAGAUUCUUUUGUUGGGGAUUUUUGGUUUAAAUCACAGUUCCUUAAUUGUCAUCAUUUAUAGUCAUCAUUUACUUAUUUGAUUGUAUUAACUUAGAGCAUUUUCUUGGUAUGCGGUAAUUUCUCCCCCAGUCACUUCGCUCCAACCAAAAGUCAGUUCACUCCAUAAUCGAAGUCACUUCAGUCCAUACAAAAGUGACUUUGCUACAUGUAAGAAAUCAGUAAACUUUUUGUUUUGAUGUUGGAGUUGGACUGAUUUUGAACUUAUGUCAGUUUAGAUUUAUUAACUAAUGCAGCAUCCAGUCAUGUUCGCUUACACUUGGUAACUUAAAAUAUAAUUUCCUAAUUUUUGCAUCAACAACAUCGGCAUGGUAUCAAGAUUGUAUUUAUAAAUCGUAUGACUAUAAAAUACAAUCUUGUAAACAUAUAUACACUUCUUGAAAUUUGAGCACAUUUUGAGUGCAUCAAUAACUUUGGCAUGGCAUGAUGGACAGAGAGAGAUUAGGGUGAGGGAAACAAACAAUUACAAACAUGUUGUCAAGAUCAUUUAACAUCAGUUAGGCAAAUAGAAUCUUGUAAGCAUAUAUACACUUGACUUGUAACAUAGAGCGAAGUAACUUUAGCAUGGAGCAAAGUGACUUGGAUUAUGGAGCAAACUGACUUUUGGUUGGAGCAAAGUGACUGGGGGCAAAAUGACCGUAAACCAUUUUCUUGGUUCACUGAUGAAGCAGGUGUUUAGAAAUUUGCAGAAGAAGAGAACAUUAAAGAAUAAAUGACUGUGACUAUAUGAAAAUCAUAUACAUGAACGCUUAAGUAGAGUUCAUUACUGCAAAGGUUGCCUCAUAUAUUCACAGUCAUUUACUCAUCACUUCACAGGUUUAUUAAAUACCAACAUAAUGACUACCUCCCAGUUUGCUUGUUGGGCAUUGCAGUGCAUUUUACAGGCUGAAAUGGAGAUUUUGGUAUUUUGUUGGGUGAUUGUUCAAACUGUUUUCCAUUCAUUUUUUUCAGUUCUUACUUUAUCAAUGCCCUUCAAAGUGAUAAUAGUAAUAAAGUUUAUUUUUGGGGGGCAUAAAUAUAUUUUAGGUGCCUUUCAGGGUCAUUUUGACCCUUCCCAUCAAUUUGAACUGAAAUAUGUUUGAGUUAGGCUUCUCUUAACUAUAUAAUUGCCUUGUGGCUUUCAGUUUAGAGAUGCUGAGUACAUUAUGAUUUGAAUGAAUUUUUUUUUUUUUAAACUGAAAUAUGUUUGAGUUAGGCUCCUCUUAACUAUAUAAUUGCCUUGUGGCUUUCAGUUUAGAGGUGCUGAGUACAUUAUGAUUUGAAUGAAAUUUAUUUUUUUUUUAACUUUCUUUGUUAGGUUGGUCUUGGUAAAGACAAUACUUUGUUUGCAUUAGUGGAGGGAUUUGUGAAAUAUAGCAGUGAGCGUGCUGUACCAUAUCAUUGGUGUCUGGGUCAGCAGGAACCAGUUGAGGAAAAGAAGUAUAUUAGUGUUGUGGCAAGGGAGCCAUUUAGAGGACACAAACUUGUUCCAGUGCGAGAUGUGUAUAAAAUUGCUGACCAAUAA